ACAUUUUUGACAUCAUUGUGUGAGCACCAUUCAGGGGGCUUACUCCGAUUCAACGAAAAACGAAAUUUCGUCCGAAACUUAGCAGAUUGCAUACUUACUAGAAUUCUAUUUAUUGCGAACUUUCGUGAACAAAAAUGAACGAAUGAAAUGAAGAUAAAUAAAUAGGUUUUCAUAUGAAAUUAAAAAUAAAACGUUAUUUCAAGUAAUUAUACUUAUUAGUACUUAAAUCAAUAAAACCGACGACCGAAGAUUAAACGAAACUUCGGAUUCGAGAACCGGAGUAGGCCCCCAGGAGUUCAUCUAUAGAUAUAAUAUAAGAAAAAAUAUUUUUUAGCUAGUUCCUUUAUUAACUACCUAAUAUAGGUACAAGUAGUUCAAAGGCACUGCCAUUUUUUUUCGCAAUAGUACCUAACUAAACAAUAUUUUAACAUAAAUAUCGCUGUUAUCAGAUAUGAAUAACAUCAAAGAUUCGAAGCAAACCAAAUGAUCCCAGUUCAGCAUUAAUUUUGCAUAACGAACUACAAAAAAAUAGAUAUAAGUUCCUACCUAUAUCUUGAAUAUCUUGAUGACACAUGUAGGAAACAAAAAAACAUUAUUUUUAAUGACACGUGGUGACGUUAAGGUUCGCCUCUGGCUCAGACUACUCACCAACUGACUACUCAGCAGGCAGACAGAAACGCUCUCAGAACCAUGACCAUGACGAUUUCCAACUCGCCUGCUUAGCGUGGAGAUUAGAUUUUACCUUAAUUACGAGUAACUAUUUAAAUAAAAUUAAUAUGAAUCUCCAUUAUCAUCGAUCUAAUACCUAUCUAUAGAAGACUAGAGGACGCCAUGUACUUGUGACAAACACAUACUUUUUUAGUGUUUAACACACAUUGAAAACACAACUACAGAGUUAAAGAGUUAUACGUUAAAAAAGAAUUACAAAUUAUAAUAACUAGUAAGUAGGAACCUAUAUGAAACUGUCAUCUAAGAAUGAAAUUGGCGCCAAAUUCACGCAAAUUAUUAUGCAGUUCAUUUUAUAAUCUAUAUUUUAAAAACUUGGGCCAUAAGGGCUUGAAUUAUCAGAAAUAAUGUUAAUAAUUGAUUUAUUCAAUAUUUAGAGUUAUUUCCCAUAUUUGCGAACAGUGCAUAAUAUCAAUUGUUUUGUACCACAUUGAAAUCUCCCGGUCGCUUGUGGUCCGAAUCAGAACUAAGUUCUGUGCACUCGUUCCAAAAGCGUUCAUCGUAAGUGAACCAGGAAAUAUUUUUAGGGACAUUUUUGAUUUGAUUUAUUCAACAAAUAACGUUUAUUGGUUUUUCUUUAUUCGAUAUAAGAUAUGGUAGAUAAAUAAACUGAAAAAACUGUUAAAAGGAUUUUCUUGUUUUUCGAUAGAUAGUUAUGACAAAAUUAUCUCCAUGAGAAUAAUCGUAUGUUCUACAAGAAGAUGCUUUUUCUUAUAUUUUCAUUGGACGACAAUCCGUAGACACGCCCCGCAGUUGCAGUUAUUGUUUCCGGUGUUUUGUGAAGUCGAGAAUAAAUUAAUAAUAAAAUGGACCCCAAAAUUAUAAUGCUAUUGAUGUCCUUGGCGUUAGUUAAGGCGCAAUUCUUCGAAGAUCGUCGGUGUCGGUGCGUGUGUCCAAGUCCUGCUGCAGUUCUGAACACCACGACCACUCGCCAGAUCUAUACUGGGAACGUUCCUCCGAACCUCUGUAACUGCGAGGAUGUUGUGUUUCCUUUGAUUAGAGAAGAGCUGGAAGGUAAACUCUAUAUGUUUUGCCCAAGGUGUGAUUGUAUGUACGAGACACGUAACACGAGCCUUAUUAUGGCCGUCGUUGCAAUGAUAAUUCUUCUGUUAAUGGUAUUGAUACUGUAUGCCAUCGCCAUAUGGAUACUGAAAGCUAUUCUGAGGCGCCAAACGCGAACCGUUUCGCGAACGCCUGAAUCGACGGAACUACCUCACACUGCAGUACAGAGGACUGAAGAGGAACCAAAUUCAAGCGAAGGUGGUCGUCGUGGUAAGGUUGGUUCUGUUGCGCGAAAGAAACCGCGCACGGAGAAUCAAUCUGGUAUACAAAGGAGACGUGGAAGACAACAGAUAAAUCCUCUGUUUACUGUGACUCGCAUCGUAGGCUACAUCAACGUUAAACGACAAAAUGCAGACCAGAAUGACCCAAACAGAGAAACAGGGCGUGAUGGGAGCGGCAACCUGCGUUCACAUGCUGGGGGCAGUUAUAGCAUAUAUUUAAAAUUAAGAAUUUAUAAACUCCAUCGUUAAAUGAACAACCAAAUUGUGAUUGAAGAUUCUAUAAGUGCAGGCCUGCAAGGCCUAUCCGGGAUUCCAAGGAAUUAGUGAUUAUAUUUAACCUAGUAGUAAAAAAAAAACAUUUUACUUUUACAAGGAGUAUGCAGUAGUACGAGCUGAUUUCGAAUGCAGGUGAGUGGCACUUUUCUUAAUAAUAAUGAUAAUUAGUCCGCAAGGCAGCUUGUGGCGAGCUGUUGGGCAGUGGCGACCCCACGGACCUGACUCCCGGGAGAGGCCCUAUUUUUGACUCCGGUUAGUACCUGUGACUAACUGGAGAGGCCUCUCCUGCCUCAUUCUUGCCUUAACCGGCUGGUUUGAGUGGAGAUCGCAAGAGUGGAGUUGCCUUCAACUCCACUUGGGGGAAGGAUGUAUCCCAAUAAGAUGCUGGUAGGGGUCUUGACCGUACUUCCGGGAUUGCCCUGAUAGCCGUGGGAUGCCUCUCCUUCCUCAAGCAGCUCAACGUAUGUUGCUCCCCUUGUUUCCGGGGGCCCAUUAUUGAGUUUGCGAGUCACCCCCUGCCUGUUUAUCCGUAUUUUUCAAUAUUGGUCAGGGGCAGGGGCCAUAGUAUUCCAUAGUUACCAUAUUUACCAGUCUAUUAGCUACUCACACCCAUAACCCAAUCAUGUUUCUUCCAUAUUGCACAAUAGUCCUGCAUCAGCCGGGGAUUGUCCUUUGGUGUACUUCCAUAGUGCAUACAGGGAUAAUCGCCGGCUGAUGUCCCAUUACAUAAUUAGAUUAAAAUUGUUCAACGGGCCUCUGCGUGUUGGCUUCGGCCCCUCGUACGCCUUCCAAAGGUCCGGGACCCUGUGGUCCUGUGAUGAAUAAAGAACAUGAUAAUUAUUCACAAAAUAUUAAUUUGUUAAAAUGUAAAAUAUAAUAAUAUACGUAUUCCAACGUUUGCAAGCACCAAAUUAUUCACAAUUUACAUAAAAUAUACUUAAAUGAAAAUACUAAUAAGCAGGUGGAUUUUAAACCAUGUAUCACGAUUCCCGACAGCAAAAUCAUCAGUGAACGCUAGGUACACCGGAUAAUCAAACGAAUGUAGGACACUCUUUGUGGUAAAGGAAUUUAACACGUCUAUUAAAAAUGAAUUAUAUAAAAGUGUAUGAAUAAAAUAUGCCCGCGACUUUUUCAUUAUUCCGCGUGGAAUAUGAGUCCAAUAAAAUCACAAUAAUUAUUCAAUUUCAGAACAAUAUAACUCCAAUCGUAGCUGUUAAAGGUAAGCGUCCACAGGCCCGCGUCGUAAGCAUCGUAUGCAUUUGGUAUGCCGUCAUCAGUACCUACGCAUUGCUGAUGAUGCGUUCCCUACGAUGCAAAUUAAAAUCCGUUGCGUGCGGUGCGUGCGAUGCGUACGAUGCGGGCCUGUGCACGCGUAUCUUAAAAUAACAUUCAGAGUACGGAAUAUAAAACAAAAUCAAUAGAGUUUAUUUCAUUCAAUAUCCACGCAAUACGUAGGUAUGUAAUGGGCGCUAGCGUUGCAACUCCAGAGUACAAAAUUUCACAAUGUCAAUGUCGAUUGGUCGAAAUUGGAUUAUGAUUAUUUAAUAAACGCCAGUGAAAAAAUAAACCUUUGUGGCACUGUUGCCGUGUGGUGCCGGCAAAUAAAAAGAAUGCCACCACCCCUGCCUUUCCCGUGGGUGUCGUAAGAGGCGAUUAAGGGAAUUGUUGGACCCUGUGCAAUUGGCUACUUGAAAGUUUUAAAAAAUAUAUUUUAAAACGUGGGACAUGUCUUGUUACCGCAUACACUUACCACUACAUCUUACUAUCAUAAAAGUUGGUUUAAAAUAAAUUACGAUAACGAUCGAAUUGUGCACUAAAAUGCUAGGUUACUGGUAAUGACGUUAUGAAACUAAGCGGGUAACAGGACUUUCGCAUGUUUUAAAAUAUAUUUUAAAAAACUUUUAAGUAGCCAAUUAAACAACAUCAAGCACAGGGUCAAGACAAUACCUAUAUUCGAUUUCGUUUGGGAUACAGUGACUUUGGUAUUUGCAAAGCCAGCCUAGGUCGAUGCCACUGCACCGAGCGCCAUUACGGUGGGGCAUAAUAUUAUAUUUUGAUAACCGAACUUCUAGUAAUGACACUUGUCAACUAAAACAUAAUACUCAGAAUGACAGCGGACCAAAGAAUUUCCAUCAAAUACGAAGCGAAAAAUGAGUGUAACGACGCCUAAAACCGAAGAAUACUAAAAAUAAAGUAAUCUUAGUAAGUCAAUUGUACUUCCUAAAUACGAACCAUAUCAAGGUAGUCGAUGACACCAUACCCGGUAUAAGGGUAUAACUUUCCCUAAAGAUCAGCUUCACCGCCGGUCCAUGGGAGAUGAUAGUGAGGCGACGGCACCGGAAGCCGUUACGGUGGGGGCGCCAAAACGAACCGAAACGUAAGAUAAAAGGCGCCCGACAGAGCGCACACCUGCUGCACUACUGGUGCACGAUAAUAUACGAGGUGCGCAGACCGAAUGGCUGGGUGAAAUUUUAUCUGCCACUCACUAUUCUCUCGAUGAUAAAUUGUCUAUUGAAUUUAGUACUUUCUUCAGACCAAUAACAUUAUUUCACCUUUUCAAUAUAAUUUAUAUAUUCAAAAAUAAUCGUAUUUAUUUCGUCCAUUGAUUAGAUGCUAUCACGUCGUAUUUUGCCAAUUCAAACCUGUAAUAAUUCCAACCUGUUUAAUGAGCUUGAAACGAACCCAAACGGGAACCAAAAUGCGUCUAACCGAGCGCAAAUAUUAAAAGGGAAGUGAAGAAGAAACCAUAUGAUUUCCACAAAAUUGAACCUUGAACAAACGACUGAAAUAGUUUCUGACGAUGUCGAUGUUAAUAAUAUUGAACUUGAUAUACCGGCGACGUGGAUAAAAUGAAACCCUGAAAAAUACUGACAAUUUAAAUGGCAUUGAACAGACGACAGGAUUGGUUUCUCCAGACAGUAUUGACAAUGUUUUACCUGAAAAUACAGAUGACGUAGCUAUGUUGUUAUAUUCAAUAAAACUAUUAGACAUACCGCUACCACCCGGCAAACCAAAAGAUACUAGCAAAACUAAAAGUGACACAAUCCCGGUUACGAAAGAAGAAACGACAGUUGAACACACUGAACGUGAUCAACCAUUAACACAGACUGCUUGGAAAAACAAGGUAGUCGAAAUUCGAAACCACGUCAAUUACGGCUUAGAAUUAUUGAACGAUAUAAAGAGAGUAGUGGUUAUAGUGUUCUUGUUGGAUCCUCCCCGCGGGAUGUAAGGGGCAUAAAACCGUCUAGGUACCCAAGUCAACCUCACCUGCGCGGGGUGCAUCCUGCCGAUUAACGGACGAGGCUCUGGCGACCGACACUGGCGAUAUGACCAUGCGAAGAAUACGUAGAAACACCUGAGAGUUCGAUGCGGAACUGAGAAGCUCGAGGUGACGUAUUCUGGCGUUGAUACAACUCGCUUUUGGCAUUCGGAUAUCUGAAUAUAUUUUGAAAUCCGGCUUUUACUGUCUUGCAUCACUAUCCGGUUUUUUUUUUAUUUUACGGAUGGUUAUUGAAAAUCGUGCUAUAAGUUGACAGUAAAGACUUUGUCAAUCAUUAUCUUAUUUUUUUGAACUGCUUCAGAACUUUCGGAAGGAGGCUUAUCUUAUAGUUCUUGAGCGUAACUAUGUAUGUAUGUAUGUAUGUACGUAGAAAUCCACGUUUGCACGGCGUACAGUUUAAACGGCGGUUUUCAUAGCGUGAUCAACACUGGGUACAUAAAAAAAUGAAAAUGGUAGAUUUUUUAUAUUAUACUAGCGGACCCGACAGACGUAGUCCUGUCUACACGUCUUUAAUUUGAAAAUUUGUCGGAUCCAAUGUAAAACAUUCCAAAAUCAACAAUUACUAAUAAAUUAAAAAUUAAUUAAAAAGACAUUGUCCAGCGGACAAAAUUGUGAAUCUAAACCAUUCUCAGAUACCCUUGAACACACACAAAAAAUUUCAUCAAAAUCGGUCCAGUCGUUUAAGAGAAGUUCAGUGACAUACACACUUACAGAAGAAUCUAUACUAAUACUAAUAUUAUAAAGCUGAAGAGUUUGUUUGUUUGAACGCGCUAAUCUCCGGAACUACUGGUCCGAAUUGAAUAAUUCUUUUUGUGUUGGAUAGUUCAUUUAUCGAGGAAGGCUGUAGGCUAUAAAACAUCACGCUAUGUCCAAUAGGAGCCGAGCAGAGCGGGUGAAACCGCGCGGAAGUAGCUAUUAUAUAUAUAAAGAUUUAAUUUGAGAGUCUAAAUGAUAUUUUCUUGUCUUUACCAUCGUGGGGUAUCAAAAUAAAGGGCUUUAAAUAGCAAAUCCAGUAACAUCAUUUUACGUUUUUUAUUGGACAUGUUGCUAUGAACGUAGGACCUAUGCCCGGGUGUCAUCACUGCCGAGGACCGCCCGAAGGUCACGGUGGAACAUACGGUGGCGGUGUGCCCUGCGUGGGCUGAGCACCGCCGUGUCCUCAAGGAUAUAGUCGGCGACGGCGACCUCUCGCGUCCGGCAUUAGUUCAGGCCAUGGUGCGGAGGUAGGGGGACUGGAAUGGUGGCCCCUCCUUCUGCCUUCUUCCACUGCGAAGCAGUCAUGCUAGCUAAGGAGGAGGCGGGACGCGGUAGGGAACGAACCUCCUCACGCCCCAGCCGCCGCGAGAGACACUCCAGGUGUCGGAGAUCGCGUGAUGAUCUCCAGCCACCGUAAGUGCGGGUCUGCGGACGGCGAGUAAAGGUACCGCCCGACCAGAACCAGACCACUUUUGCGGAAAAAAAAUCUUUAGAAUUCCAUACAAAAUGUAAAACUCGUCUUUUUUGGUGGCAUAAUAAUAGUUAGAAUAGUUCGCAAUCGCAGUGGCGCCGGUCAUUGUGUACCGGGGGCGUGGUUACACCCGCGCGCUCCGCAAUUGGUUAGCGGGCGAGUGCACAGACUUUUCUUUAACUCAUUAAUAAUAGUAACAAAUCAUCUAUAACGGUCUCUUUCCGGAAUUAGUGAAUGAGCCCAGAACCUUUUGAGCCUUCUUUUUUAAUUCUUCUGUGUAGUAAGAACCUAUAACGCAACAGCUCGUUUUUUGGUGUGUGUCGUCUUUCACAUACAAAAAGUAACACUUUCGUACAACGUUUUCGCACUUGUUUAAUUGAAAGUCAUAUAAACCAACUUUACAAGCCGGAUAAAAACCUUCUCGCUAAAUACUUACUUUGUGGUUUUCUGUGCGUCACAGCAUUGUGAAAGCUAAUGAAUUUCUCUCAGAUCUCCCCCCAAGUCUGAAGUCUCCCGGCAGGGAAGAUAGGAAAGUUGGGAUGUUGGCAUGGGAGGAGUUCCAGUAAUUUUGGACCUUAAAAUGUAUUGAAUGUUUAUUACUAGUCGCAACUCUUCCGGUGAUCUCUACUGGAAAUUCUGUUUGAUUUCGAUUUUCCAAUUCUUUCCCACGUUCUUUUGAAACUCGUGGCAGUUCUAUAGCAGUGAAACGUGUAGCCGGAGAGUAAGUUCAGCGGCUAGUCAGGGUGAACGUUCAAAGCAAAUGAAGCCACCGGGGAUACUGCUACUUUAUCAACGGUCCAAAUUUCCUUGCAUUGUUUGCUACUCUGAGGACUGGGCAAAUACAUGCAUUGCUUUAAUUGAAAUACAAAUAAAAAAUACUUUAUCACAAGUAAUUAAAAUAUAAAAUACAAAAUAUCUUUCAGUAAAGUAUUUAAAGUAAAAAAUACAGUAUUUUACACAAUUUUAAUUAAAAUACAAAUUACAAUCUAUACCAAAUAAUCUACACCAAAGAGGCUUUUUCAUAAGUCGCCUAUUGUCAACAUCGAACAUGGUUUAAAAGCUUUUUCCUUUGUCUAAUGCAAUCCAACUCAAUGUUUGAUAAAGAGGCAAUGCAAAAAAGAGAGAUAACGCCUAAACGUAAUUCCGUGAUUUACUUGAAUAUUUCACAGAACUGGUUGCAGGAAAAAGGCUCUUAUUGUAUACUCUAACUCUAAGGUUUUAGAAAAAAAAUGUGAUCUUUCGAAAUGAAGUUAAAAUUUUAAUUUUAAAACGUAUUGUAUUUUAAAGCCUCAUAUAAUUGAAAUACUAAACAUACUUCAACUACUACAACAUGCUUCGAUGUCAGGUAUUUGAAAUACGAAUUACAAAUUACAUUUUGAGGAAAUAAUUUAAAUACAAAUACCAAAUACGUAAUUGUAUUUCAAUUACGUGUUUUAAUUACAAGUAAUUUAAAUACUGCCCAACCCUGGCUAUUCUUUGGGUCAGGUGGAUUUUGGAAAGAUCUGUGGGUUAACCUUUAUCUCUGAGAUUACAUUGACCAACUGCAGAGUUCUUAUGCUGAGAGUAUAAUAAUAUUGUCUAGGUUAUAAAUUAUUGAUUUUGAUGUCUUUCAAUUUAAUUUAUUAAAUGCGUUAAAUAUACUGGACCAUAAAUGAUGCCACAGCUCGCGUUCACGAUUGCCGGGUAAAUAAAAAAUGCAUAUGAAUUCGUGUGUGUAGGUAGACAGUAAAGAAUUUAUUUGUGUAUUUUUUAUUUGUUGGAGUUACUUGCAUAAUAUAGUAUCCGAUAAUUUUUACCGAUAUUUUCUAUUGAUUGUUUCCGUACAAAAAUGAAACAGCCGACGUCAACUAAAAAAAAGCAAUAAAUAAAAAUUAUUUAUUUGGCCACAUACAACGUCUAUAUACGAAAUAAAAAAUAACAUAAUAUAAAUACCUAAAUAACAUAGUAUGUAAAACAUAGUUUUGUGCACCGCGGGUACAGAUGUACCAAAAUAGGUUAAGUUACGGAAUAAAACGCAAUGCCCCUUUGUUAUUGCUAAGUACCUAUAUCAAUGGUAAUUUGUGACAAAGUCGUGAGUAGUAGGUAUAUUUAUUAAAUCUAGGUAUUAUUUUACUAUUUCGUUCAUGUGUUAUAUUUGAUGUACUGCUAGUUGUUGUCCUUAAUAAAAUAAAAUGCUAAGACGAUAAAGAUGAAAGAAUAUUCAGAUGCAUUAACUCUGUAGUUUAAUUCUUCUUAAUAACAUUUCCUUUCUUUAAUAACAUUAAAUGUGGUACUUGUGAAAAAUAUUGUGCUUGCGGACGUUGGAUUGUAUAUUAUCAUGAACAUUUACGAUUGAGAGCCAGACGCUCGGUGCAAUCACUGUGUCCAUUGUGAGGAGAGCACGGUGCGGCACACCCUUGUGGGGUGCCUUGUGGCCUUGUGGGGUGCCUUGUGGCCUUGUGGGGUGCCUUGUGGCCUUGUGGGGUGCCUUGUGGCCUUGUGGGGUGCCUUGUGGCCUUGUGGGGUGCCUUGUGGCCUUGUGGGGUGCCUUGUGGCCUUGUGGGGUGCCUUGUGGCCUUGUGGGGUGC